AUGGCAUCAAUGCGCCGUUUCUUCCUUUCGGUCCAACCUUCAUUGAUUACUGCCCGAUCAUUGUCAUUUACCUAUGCUCGAACGGCGAGCACAAGCUCAAGAACGACCAUCCCACACCAGGACCUCGGUGUAGGUGAGAUUACGGGUGCCGAAUUUAAAAUUGAGCCUUUACGCAGAGAUGGCGAAGAUUUAAAUACCAUACGUGCUCGAUUACAAUAUCAGUGUCGCAAAAGAGGUACACUUGAGAGUGAUCUCUUGAUGUCCACAUUUGCUGAAGCGCAAUUACGCCAUAUGACGAAAGAACAACUCGUACAACUAGAUUUAUUUCUCGAUGAAAAUGACUGGGAUAUUUAUUACUGGGCCACUCAAGAACCCCCUUUUGAACCUCAGGAGGCAACUAAAUCUGAGAAUGAAGGUAUCCUAUCUAGUUCUACAAGUCAGGAUAAAGUUCAAGAAGCUACAAAUAGAAUAUCAGAAGAUAAGCAGUCACAACUGGAAUCGAACACAGAUGCAUGGCGAAAUGGAGAGCCACGUAGUGGAGAGUGGCCUCAGACUGUGGGUACAUUCAAACCGGAAUAUCGACCAAUUCCGGCAAGGUGGAGGGAUAGCGAAAUACUCGCCCUUCUUCGAACUCACGUGCGAUCUAGAUCAGCUGGUGGAACUCAAGAAAAUAGUAACACUUGUGAGACAAAUACUGGUGGAGCUUUGUUAUAUAUUUGUGUAUGGGUAUCUUUUCACUGUCAUUUGCAUUUGAUCAAUACCAGGUAA